CAAAAAUAACAGAGUUGCAGAAACGUCGCUGUGCGACACGUCUUCACCCCAUGGGGCCUGACGGGCAGACUGUUUCCGUUGCCUUCUUGACAUGCUUCUUCGGCAUUGCAUUCAUGUUCUUCGCUCGGUCAUGGAGGAUCUGCGCGCCAAAUUCAACUAUUUGUUCGGCGGCCUAUCCGCGUCGGACGCGCAGCAUCAACAGGAGGAUCAAAAGCGGCGGCCACGUAUUGCUGCCGAGGUAGCCCUCUCGGACGUGGGGGCUGACAGUCGAGGCUUCAUGGAAAGCAAGAAGGAGCUGCGGCAGUACGACUGCCAGUUCAAGAAGCUCAUCGUGCCCUUGUGGGAACAGUUUGCGGGCCUUCCCGAAGCCAGCGAUUCGAGAGACUUGGAUUGAGCCUCGGCCUUUGGCAGUGCCCACCCGCGCGCGUGCUGGCGAGCGCUUGCGCGCGGUGAGAUGUGGACGAGGCGCUCUCCCUCAGGUCCUCGUUUCUCCUCCGAGUCCC